CCACCUGAUUGGCCGGAGCCCGCCCCGCCCUCUAUGUGAGCGACAACGCUGGGGCCAACCAGCCGCCGCGGAACCCAGGCCUCCGCCCUUCCUCGGGAAGAGGGCGAGGCCUGCACCUGACGUAAGACGAGAGGGUAGCAACAGUUGCCUCGAGACCCCGCGCGAGGCGCCAUAGUGACCGUAGUCCUGGAGACUGUUACUUGCCAACGGUAGCAACACGCAGCCCCGGCAGCCGGAGCCCAGCGCAGCCCGGGGAGCCCGGCGGGGAGGGCAGCAGUGAGCAUGCAGAAUUCAGAGGGCGGAUCAGAUUCAGCGACUUCUGUGGCACUGCGUACUUCAGCGUCUGCUCAAGCUCCAGUAGUGCAGCCAGUGCCAGCCUCCCAGCAGAGGGUUUUGGUUCAGACAACAAGCUCUUCUCCCAAAGGAGCACAGAUGCAGCAGAUCUCCAUUCCCAGAGUUCAGCAGGUCUCACAGCAGGUGCAGACUGUGCAGCAUGUGUACCCAAGCCAGGUCCAGUAUGUGGAAGGAGGAGAGGCUGUCUACACCAAUGGAACCAUCCGAGCCGCCUACUCCUACAACACCGAAGCUCAGAUUUAUGCCCCCAGCAGCGCAGCUUCCUAUUUCGAACCACAGGGAGGUGGAGCACAGGUGACUACAGCGGCAUCCUCUCCUACAGCCAUUCCCUCUCACAGCAUGGUGGGCAUCACUAUGGACAUUGGGGGAAGUCAGAUCCUCUCCAGCUCGGGAGCCUAUCUCAUUCAUGGGGGGAUGGAAAACACUAGACACUCUCUGUCACUAACUUCACGCUCCUCUCCAGCAACGCUUGAAAUGGCGAUUGAAAAUCUACAAAAAAAUGAAGGGAUUACAUCACACAAAAGCAGUUUGCUCAACAGCCAUCUCCAGUGGCUGUUGGACAAUUAUGAGACUGCUGAGGGUGUGAGUCUUCCCAGGAGCUCGCUGUAUAACCAUUACCUGCGGCACUGCCAAGAGCACAAACUGGAUCCAGUGAAUGCUGCUUCCUUUGGAAAACUGAUUCGUUCUGUGUUCAUGGGGCUGAAAACUCGGCGCUUGGGAACAAGGGGAAACUCCAAGUAUCAUUAUUAUGGGAUCCGUCUAAAGCCAGAAUCUCCACUGAAUCACUUACAGGAAGACACCCAGUAUAUGGCGAUGAGGCAACAGCCCAUUCACCAGAAACAAAGGUAUAGACCUGCACAGAAGAUGGAUGGCAUAAGGGAGAGUGGAUCCAACAGUAGCCUGCACACUACUCCAGAACAGUCAGUUGCAGCUCAAAGUCAACACCAUCAGCAGUUUAUAGAUGUAACCCAUGUCUUUCCUGAUUUCCCGGCACCUGAUCUAGGAAAUGUCCUCUUACAAGAGGGGGUCACCAUGAAUGAUGUCAAGAUGCUACAGCUUCUUUACAGACGACACUGUGAGGCAACUUUGGAUGUUGUAAUGAACCUUCAGUUUCAUUACAUUGAGAAGCUGUGGCAGUCCUUCUGGAGUUCUAAAACAACAUCUAGUGAUGGCUCUACCACUGUGCCUUCCAGUGAAGAAGAACACGAAGGGGUCAUCCCAAAGGACAAGCUCAUCACUCUGUGUAAAUACGAUCCUAUCCUGAAAUGGAUGAGAAGCUGCGAUCACAUCCUGUAUCAGGCCCUGGUAGAGAUCCUCAUCCCUGACGUGCUGAGGCCGGUGCCUGGCACCUUGACGCAAGCCAUCCGCAAUUUUGCAAAGAGUUUGGAAGGAUGGCUGAUGAAUGCAAUGAGUGAUUUCCCCCCGCAGGUAGUCCAGACAAAGGUUGGAGUAGUGAGUGCCUUUGCACAGACGUUACGGAGAUACACUUCCCUGAACCAUCUGGCUCAGGCAGCUCGCGCUGUGCUCCAAAACACCUCCCAAAUAAACCAGAUGCUCAGCGACCUCAAUCGAGUGGACUUCGCCAAUGUGCAGGAGCAAGCCUCCUGGGUGUGCCAGUGUGAAGAAGGCAUGGUGCAGAAGCUGGAGCAGGAUUUCAAACUCACGCUACAGCAGCAGAGCUCCCUCGAUCAGUGGGCCAGUUGGCUGGAUAACGUUGUCACCCAAGUUCUAAAGCACCAUGAGGACAGCCCCAGCUUCCCCAAGGCAGCUAGGCAGUUCCUGCUGAAGUGGUCCUUCUAUAGCUCUAUGGUGAUCCGUGACCUCACCUUGCGCAGCGCUGCCAGCUUUGGUUCCUUUCACCUGAUUCGCCUGCUCUACGAUGAAUACAUGUUUUAUCUGGUAGAGCAUCGUGUUGCCCAGGCAACAGGGGAGACACCAAUUGCUGUCAUGGGAGAGUUCAGUGACCUUGCAUCCAUGUCCUCAACACUGCUGGAUAAAGAUGACAUUAGCGACCUUGGAGGCGAGGCAGACGCAGAUUCCCGAAGUGUUGGCGAGCCACUAGUGAAGCGCGAACGUAGCGACCCUGGCUACUCACUGCAAGAGAUCUAGAACGAGGACUUGGGUUUCCUCCAGCCAGAUGAAAUGUCUGAAGACUUUUGGACCCGGGUUUGAAAGUCAAGCCUGAAUUGCCUAGUACUCGGCGAUAUUAGUGCCUCUUAGUUUAUCUUAAUGUUUACUUCUGUUCGAGAAAGGGUUUAAGGCCGUGUGAGCAUGUGUAAAGGAUGCAGCGGUUUGUGAAGAGGGUAGUAGUUUGUCCGUACAGGAAGAGUCGAUUGGAAGCCUGCUUUCUCCAUCUUUCUACAUGUAAAAGGAGCACGAUUGGUAGGUGAAGGGUGAUGGGUCAAAAAAAAUCCAAGGACAAUGCCUUCAUGGUUGACAAUGAAUUGAACUGCCUGGCCUUGGGAUGCUCCCAGGACUGGUUGCUUGAGUCCUGUUCACCUGAUCAGGUUGCUUUGGAGUAGAGGAGGUCAGAUUAGGGGUUAAGGGGGCUUCUGUUUCAGGGGGCGGGGUUUGGGUUUCUUCUCCGCUUUUUCAGACUUCACUGUGAUAUGGAACUUGCACCAGUCAGUGCCCGAGAAGAACCCUCCUAUGCCCUUUUGGGAUGGGGCGUCCAGCCUGGCCGUUCACACUGUGGGAUCACAGUACAACCUUCUCUUGUACCAACCCGGAGAGAAGGGCCCUGUGCUGUGUCUGUCUGACCCGUGCAGGGUGGUGCGUAGUGUGUAGUUUGGGCUUUGCAUGACACAACUUUCCUACCCGAUCCUCUGUUACUUGCUGUGUAUUGCUGCUUUUAGUCCAUGGCUGAUUCUGUGACCGCCCUGUAAGUGAUUCAGAACCCGGACUCUCACGGGAGCGUCUGGGACCCUUUCCGUCUGAUUUGAGAUACCAAAGGACUUGGAGGAAACAGCAGCUGGUCACAACAUUUGGUCUUUGCCCUCCAUGCUCUAAUGCGAACAGUAACUGUAGGGAGAGAGCAAAAGGAAUAAGGUAGGCACAUCCCUACCGGGAUAUUUCGGUGCAAGGCAGAUUUAGGCCCAGAGCCUCAGCACCUGUUAUAAUUUUUAAGAGUCAGAUCUGCCAUGCUGCCAAAAUGUUGAAUGUAGGGGGGCGGGGGGCAGCUAACCCAGGGCACAGGCCCGGGGCAUGAGCAUGGAUGCUGGGGUUACAUUGCAGUGCCUUAGGGAGGACUGGCGCACCUGCUUUCCUCUGCCGUUCCAGUUUAAACUGGUACAGUAGUGCCUGUCGCUCGGAAUACGAGGUCUGAAAACAGUAAAUUAACCAGUUUCCAUGUAGCAUUCGUGAGCAAAUUGUGGGGCACUUUGGCCAGGUUCAUGCUCCACCCCACAGUGGCAACUCCCAGCCGUGUAUCAUUUACCACUGCAGAUCAUUCUCAUUGCUGUGACUGAACACGUGUGGCUUAGAGAACUCUGUCCCAAGGUGUUUAUGUACACUGCUAUGUCCUGUAGGGCUCAUGUUAUGUCAUUACCUACGUGGUGUGAGAAGGGACAAAAUUCUAGCAUCAAACCAAACUAAAGAAAAAAAAAAGUGCAAAUCUUUGUGAAUAAAUGCGGUGUCAUAACUAGCUUUUAUUAUUUCUGAUUUAUGAGUAUUUACUGUGAGCUUUCCCCAAACUGAUAUGCAAAUGCACACGAGAAAGUAUAAUCUAUCCA